AUGUUGAUAUCUGCCUCGCCCCCCCCAAAGGGCGUUAUGUUGAUAUCUGCCUCGCCCCCCAAAGGGCGUUAUGUUGAUAUCUGCCUCGCCCCCCCCAAAGGGCGUUAUGUUGAUAUCUGCCUCGCCCCCCCAAAGGGCGUUAUGUUGAUAUCUGCCUCGCCCCCAAAGGGCGUUAUGUUGAUAUCUGCCUCGCCCCCCAAAGGGCGUUAUGUUGAUAUCUGCCUCGCCCCCCCAAAGGGCGUUAUGUUGAUAUCUGCCUCGCCCCCAAAGGUCGUUAUGUUGAUAUCUGCCUCGCCCCCCAAAGGGCGUUAUGUUGAUAUCUGCCUCGCCCCCCAAGGGCGUUAUGUUGAUAUCUGCCUCGCCCCCAAAGGGCGUUAUGUUGAUAUCUGCCUCGCCCCCCCCAAAGGGCGUUAUGUUGAUAUCUGCCUCGCCCCCCCCAAAGGGCGUUAUGUUGAUAUCUGUCCUACCACCCAAGUUGUUAUGUUGACAUCUGUCCCCCACAAAAGGUUGUCAUGUUGA